AACUUUCUUAGGUUGUUGUUCAUAAAAAUGAAAAAGGAUCAAUAAGAGAAAAGACGGCAACAAAACGCAAAGAACAAGGAGGAAUUAAUUAAACAUGGGGGGUGGUGGUCCAAUUCCUCCAUGUUAUCAGAUGUCUGUGGUUAAUCCCAGUCGCAUAUGGCAAACUGAUAAUGUUCUAAAAAAGGAGCUCCCAAUUCUUGCCUUCCAAAUUGUCUUUGUCGUUUUGUUGUCUCGUCUUUUCUUCUUUAUCUAUAAACCGCUCCAUCAACCUCGUAUCAUUUCACAGAUCUCUGCUGGUUUUCUACUAACUCCACCCUUCCUGGGGAGAUACACAUCAAUUUUCCAGUUCAUUUUUCCUGUAAAUGGUGUAUUCAACAUUGAAGUUCUAGCACACAUUGGAAUCAUCUACUACGCAUUCCUCAGUGGUCUAGAGAUGAAUUUGAACACCAUUUUACAUGUUAAAAAGAAAGCUGCAAGCAUUGCGGUUGCCGGAAUCAUUUUUCCAAUGAUAAUGGGACCAGCGUUAUACACUUUACAUAGAAAAACUUAUGGCAAGGGUGAUGGAUCAGAAAUUGAAGAAAGUACAAUGAAUGCUUAUUUAUUAUGGACUUUAGUUCUCACUGUGACAGGUUUUCCGGUUAUAGCUCACACACUUUCUGAGCUUAAACUUCUUUAUACUGGUCUUGGGAAGGCUGCAUUAACAGCAGCUAUGAUAAGUGACACAUAUGCUUGGAUUUUAUUCACAUUAUUUGUUCCAUUUUCAAUUAAUGGUACAAAAGCAAUAUAUUCAGUGGUAAGCACCAUAAUAUUUGUUUUCAUUUGCAUCUCAGUGGUUCGUCCUAUCAUUGUAAAGAUCAUUGAUAGAAAGACAGAAAGGGAUGAGUGGGAUGAUGGCCAAUUUCUCUAUGUGGUGAUGGGGCUUUUGGUUUUUUCACACAUAACAGAUGUUCUUGGUACACAUGCCAUUGUUGGAGCUUUUGUGUACGGUUUGAUUUUACCUCAUGGUCGAUUUGCUGACAUGGUAGCGUCUAUCUCAGAUGAUUUUGGUGGCGGCUUUCUAGCACCGCUCUUCUUUAGUGGCAAUGGAAUGAAACUCAUGGUGACCACCAUUUUCUACCAGGACAAUUGGCUCGCCACAAUUAUCAUUAUAAUCUUGUUGUGUGUUCCAAAGAUUUUAAGCACUUUGUUUGCCACUUUCUUUUUUGGCAUGCGUACUCGAGAUGGUUUUUCUCUAGGAUUGAUUUUGAAUACCAAGGGUGCCAUUGCAUUGAUAAUGCUCAACAUUGCUUGGGACAGAUCGAUUGUUUCUGUACCAACCUAUGUUGUUUUAACAUCUGCAGUCCUUCUAAUGACUAUAGUGGUUUCUCCUGUCAUCAAUGCCAUAUACAAGCCCAGAAAGAGGUUUGAGCAGAACAAGCUAAAGACUAUACAGAAGCUAAGAGUUGAUGCAGAGCUAAGAAUUCUAGCAUGUGUUCACAAUUCUCGUCAGGCCGUGGGAAUUAUCAGCCUUAUCGAGUCUUUCAAUGCCACUAGACUUUCCCCUAUACAUGUUUUUGCACUUUACCUUGUCGAACUCACAGGGCGUGCUGCUGCACUUGUUGCUGCUCAUAUGGAGAAGCCUAGUGGCCAGCCUGGAAUGCAAAAUCUUACAAAAUCUCAGGUCGAACUAGAAAACAUUAAUGAUACCUUUGAUUCCUUUGGAGAGGCAUAUGAUGCUGUCAGAGUGCAAACCUUAAAUGUCGUGUCAGCCUAUGCAACCAUACACGAGGACAUAUACAACUCGGCUAAUGAAAAACGCACGAGCUUGGUUCUCCUUCCAUUCCACAAACAACUAAGUUCAGAAGGUGCACUCGAAACAACCAAUGUUGUGUACAGAGAUAUAAAUCUGAAUGUGAUGAAUAGUGCACCUUGCUCUGUGGGAGUCUUUGUUGAUCGUGAUCUCGGGUCAUUACCAAAAUUGAACUUUCGUAUUCGUAUGAUCUUUGUUGGAGGGCCUGACGAUCGUGAAGCUUUAGCUGUUGCAUGGAGAAUGUCAGGGCAUCCGGGAAUUCGAUUAUCAGUGGUUCGGAUACUUCUGUUUGAUGAAGCUACAGAAAUAGAUACCUCAUUUCAUGCUGAAGCACAAGGCAUAUUAUCUGCUGUCAUGGAUAGUGAGAAGCAGAAGGAGUUAGAUGACGAGUAUGUGAACUCGUUUAGACUCACGGCGGUGAACAAUGAUGAUUCUAUAUCCUAUUCAGAGGUUGAUGUUCAUUCAGGUGAAGAUAUUCCCACAGUCCUCAAUGAGCUAGACAAAUUUGGCUGUGAUUUAUACAUAGUUGGACAAGGAAAUUGUAGGAACCUUAGGGUGUUCUCAAAUUUAUUGGAAUGGUGCGAUUGUUCAGAACUUGGAGUUAUAGGAGAUAUUUUGGCAUCAAACAAUUUUGGUUCACGCUCUUCAGUGCUAGUUGUGCAACAAUAUGGCUAUGGAGGAAUGAUAUUAGGAAAGCAAUCCAACCAAGUGACCACUAACAACGAUGCUUUUGAGGUGCUUAUCUGAAGACAGAAUAAGAAUAAUGGUUGGUGAGGAACUAACCUGCACACCAUGAAAGGGCUUGUCUAAUUAUCUAAUGAAAAUUUGAGCAAGUUUGAGACAGUACCAGAUUUUUGUUUUGUGAUUUAAAUUUGGUACCCCAAGAUAUUGGUUAGAGGAUGGUUUUACUGUUCACUUUUGGUUCCCAACAAUGGUACACAUGUCUCCAUUUGUACUUAAUCUUAAUAACAUGGAAAGAAAAACAAGUCAGUCUUAUUAGAAAAAAUGUAUUUGUUGUUGACUGAUAAGGUUCUCUGUUCAUUAAGAAUGUAUAUAAACAUCUAUAUAAUCAGUCUCGUGAUACUAAGUCAAUUUGAAGCUCACAA